AUGGGUAUUCUGGAUUCCUACAAGCUGUGUUCAACUUUGAUAGACAAAGCAGCCAGUACUACAAAGCAAGUUCAUUGCGAAAAAAGAAACACAUGUAACGUUUACAUCGAUGGAUUGAGCGUCUGGUUUCUCGGAUAUACAAACAGUUCACCUGACAGCGCGAAUGCUUAUCAAAAACUCAUUGACAUAUUGGAUUAUAUCAGAAGCAAAGAUUACUUAGAUAUUAAUUCUGUAACUAUGUAUUUUAACGGAAAAUAUCCAGCCUUGAAAGGCAAACCUAUCUCUGAACAUGUACAAUCGUGGGAAGUUCAGGACUGGUCUGAGGAACUUCGUGAUGAUGGUAUCGUCGACGAUGUUGAGUUUUUGAAUGUCGGCGAAGCAGAAUUCGAGUGUUUUUUCGAACGCGAUAAGAGAUUUGCUUCCGUGAUUGUUACAAACGACUCAAAUAUACUGCCUAUUUGUUACAAGUACAAUCGUAAGACGUGCAAUGAUACUGUUUUUUGCUAUUUGACCCACCGUGAAACUUUCUAUGAUACAAAUUUGUUGACUACCAAGUUAAACAAAAGUGCGUUUACAUUAUUAUUAUUUUUACGUGGUAGUGAAGAUUUUAUUGAGUCACUGUUUUCGUUUUCGAUGGUCAAUCUAAUUUUUGAAUUAUUAGAAAAAAAUGAUCCAUUUUAUAAUCAACAUUUCAAACACAUAAAUUCAAUUAUGAGACAAGUUACCGAAGAUAGUAUCAAAAAAUCUAUUGUCUAUUUCAUUUGGAUCAUAAUUCAUGCUAAAAAAAGUUCAGUCGGUAAUUUUAGAUGGCCACCUGCGGACACUAUAAUGGAAGUAAAUAAUUAUCCUCAAGUUAUGGAAUGGGUUAUAUUGUAUUCAAAACGCGGCAAAGAUGUUGACAACUACAACAUAAACUUUAAAAAUUGUGAUUAUGAUCUUGACUGUUAUUGUAAAUUCCAUUACAUUUUAAGCUUGUGUAAAAAAUUUUUUCCUUGUUCUGAAUCUUCAGAUUAUCCUUGUCUCUGUUCUGCUGAGAAAUUUAAAAAUAUUGAACACACUAUGGAAAAUAUCAGCAGUGAUAAAUUGCUGGCAAUUUAA